AUGACACCCUCAGCCUUGAAGCGAGCUUGUGAUCAAUGCCACAACUUGAAAGAAAAGUGCCGACGCCCGAAUACAAUAGCAACAUGCGAGAGGUGCCACCGGUUGAGGCAGAAGUGUCAGACAAUCCGCAAUCUUGCGAAGGCCGGUCGAAAGCCUCGAGCUGCUAGCACACUAUCCUACAAACUUCCCGCCACCAACCUUGGCUCAAAUCAACAGAGCUUGGCUGCGUUGUGCUCGGUCAAAUCUGCAGAUCCCCCGUAUCCAUACUUUAAUCACCCUUUUGACGAAGCAGUUACGAGCAACCCUGCGCUUUUCCCGCAGCUUGAUCGAUGGGAUCGCCAUUUCCUCAAUCUCAUGAAGGACAUGGUUGCGCCAUCUCCCCUCGACAAAUAUUUGAUUGGGCCCAGCUUUCACGAAUCGCACCAUCGCUCGUUUGUACAGAAUAUGCUGCAACCAACCCCCGUGCUGAAGAAUGCUGCAGUCGCCUGCGCCGCAGUCCUGUUCGGUGAUAAUUAUGCCCAAUACACACAGACUAGCGUCCAAGUGGGUCACCGGCGCGCUGCAUUGGCUGUAUCAGAGCUACGAGCCUUGAAGAUAUUGGAAGAGCAGGAUUUGGUCACGGCAUUGGUGCUUGGCGUAGCAAUGGUCACAUUUGCUAUGCAUGUUGCCAAUGGGCAGUCAUUUCUCAUAUCACGCUACACACUUGCACUAGUGAAGCCGGUCUAUCCAUCUGUUCUAAGGAUGGAUCCAAGUAUCAUGGAUUACUUGAUGUGUCUUGUCAGCACAGAGACAUUUGAAUGUCUACUCACGUCAAGAACUCCAACCUUGCGAAUCAACGAAUCUGAUCGCUUAAACGUGGUGGAUCGGUAUCUGGGGCUCACUUCCCCCCUUUUCGCCCAUCUGUAUGACAUAUGUGCAGUGAGCAGUCUGCUUCGGGGGGCUGGUGGAAGAUUGAGUAUCCAAACCGCACAACGAUUGGACGAAAUCCACGAAUCACUGAUGCAAUGGAGAGCAUCACCGCCAUCGAAUUUCCUCAAACACUUCUCCCCGACUGAGGCUGCUGUAAUGCUCGCCCAGGCUAAAGUUCUCCAAUUGGCCGCCUUGCUUAUUGUACAUCGCUUGUACUAUUCUUUUGGGACCUACACCAAAGAGGCGCUCCAACUUUCUAGAUCCAUCAUUGCGGAAUUUGAUGGGGUUUGGCAGCUGACAGGCCACUCGUUACCAUGCACGUCACUUGCUUAUUUGAUAGCGUGCUUUGAGAUCACUGGCCCGGGAGAACGAGCCGCAGCCAUUGAUAAAAGCAUGCGAGUAUUUACUUUCUCGAAACAAUCGCAGAUACGGUCUCAAAAGACUCUGCUCUCUGUAUGGGCUGCAAAAGACGCAGGAACUUUGACUCACUGGUUUAGUAUCGGCGAUACCAUAGACAGGUGA